AUAUGACUCAUUGUUUGUGAGAAAAAAAUGUUUGAUUUUAUCGUUUGGUUUGCAUUUGAAAUGAUUUCACAAUUCAUUCACUAAUUCAUCACAAAAUGGUUUAAGCGUUGACUGAGUCUUAAGACUAACGGAUCCAAUGCCUAACCGAAUGGAAGCGAAGAUAUCAAUAGAGCCGCGAAGACAACAGAGACGACGGAAUCGCGACGACAGGAGUGAGUCCAACGACGGCGCCCGACGGUCCACCACUUCAUCCCAAUCACCGCCACUCCACUCACGAGUUGUCAUUUUGGCCAAAAACCCCAACCAGAAGACCACCACUCCGUCCAACGCAUCACAACUGAGCGCCGCGUCGACGCCAACACCCGUUCAGACCAUUCAGAUUAUCCCGUCUUUGCAUUCAUCGCAACAGCAAAGUGUCAGCACUUCCAACACAUCCAAUGCCAACGCAUCCAAUGUCUCGCACCUGUCUUUGGCCCCCAAAUCGGCGCAAUCGGUCGGAGCCUUCAGUACUCAGUCGGCGACCGACGAUGCGGUCAAUGAUAUGAUGGCAGCCAUGCCUUCAGUCAUGACUUUGAUAGACAGCGAAAACCUUAUGUUUUUGGAGAGUCCGGCCAAUGAUUGGCUCUUCAGUGACACCACGUCUUCGUCUGGCUUUUCGGUGAUAUCUGCUGUCGGUUUGGAAGGCGUCGGCAAGUCUUCAGUACUGAACCUAAUCGCUGGUAAAGAUGUGUUCAGAGUUCACACCAAUAAAUACAGCGAAAGACCGCUAAGACAUAAGACAAAGGGAAUCAAACUUCAUGUCACCAAAGAAAGGCUACUACUCCUCGACUCUCAGCCUUUGUUGAGUGCAUCGGUUCUCGACGAAUAUCUGCAGAAGUGUCCGCCACUCUCAUCCACUGGCGUUGAUAUCUCGGAACCCGAGAACUACUCGUUUAUGAUAUCAUUACAACUCCUGUCGUUUCUGUUCGCGACCUGUGAUUACAUUAUUAUAGUAAUGGAUUGGGUUCUGGAUAUACAUCUCAUUAAACUGAUGGCCACCGCUGUGAUGAUGGUCGGAGAGACCGCUCAAAAGGCAGACAUUAUUGUCUACUUUACUAAUGUCAAGACCAAAUUGGAUAAGAAGAUCAUUAAUACGAUCGACUCGUUGUUGGGACGAAGUGUUUACGUGACUGUCAUUUGUGGCGAUCAGAAGGAGUUGUUGAAUGCUGUGAUGAAAGCGCCGGCAAAGAGGAACCGAUCGGAAACCGGUCGCAACUCUUCGCACACAUCGGAAAAGUCGUGGCUAUUGUCGUCUCAGCGCUAUUGGGAGACAUCCAUCAGGAAAUCUAGUCUUUACUCAGAUUACGGACGCUUUUUGCCAUAAAAUAUUUGACAUCAAUUGCCGAAUUCUGAGUUGCGAUAUAUCCCGGAGUCCGCCUGAUAUAGAAGUGUCGCUAAUAUCCUCUCGUGACUGAUUGUCUUCGAUGGCAGUACUAUCUGUUGGACCA